AUGGAAUGGAAAGAGGAAGGCACGCAUCCAUUAUUGUUACGAGUAUAUGAUGCGAACAAGGAGAGUGAAUAUUCCGAGCAGUGUAGGUUAGGCGGCCUCAGAACCAGAGAUGCCUGCACAACAUCUAAUGGUUCUUACAGACUGGGUGGAUGGAAAGUCGACAAUGGUCAAAUGGAAACUGGGAGGAACGGCAGGCUGUACGAAUAA